AGAGAGAGAGAAAGGGAGAGAGACAGAGGCCCGCGUGCAGCAUUGAUUUACGCUCCAUUGACGCUUUAUCAAGCUCGAAGAAAAAGUCCGGCCAAUCAGUUUGCGCCUCGUGCACAGACCCGACAAUCCCCCGCGCACAGUGCGAGGCUGUAGGCUGUAGCACUUUGUUUCGCUAUAGUGAGCAAGUUGUUUGGAAGGAAGGGGACUAGUGGAGGAGCGCGCGCGCGAGAGAGAGAGAGAGAGAGAGAGAGCGAGAGACACAGAGAGAGAGAGACAGAGGAAGGGAGGGGGCGAGCUUGCAAAGGACAGAAGAGAGAAAGAAAGAGAGAGAGGGAAAGAGAAACAUCUCGUAAUGUCUCUCUUCUUAUUCUCCAUUUAGUGAACUCGCGGCGUUUCGCAGAUAAUGUCCGAGAAUGUCCAUUUCUGGGACUUUGAGCAACUAUUACGUGGACUCCAUCAUAAGUCACGAGAGCGAUGAACUCUCAACCCCGGCUCGCUUUCCCAGCGUCCAGUAUUCCAGCUCGAGCUCCGCCGCAGCCGCAGGCGGAAGGCAGCCCGGCGGAACGGAGCAUCCCGUUCCUGACUCGUACCCAUCAUGCAGCUUCCAACCGAAGCCUCCAGUCUUCUCGUCGUCCUGGAGCCCGUUCAGUCCACACCAUGGUGCCAGUGGCCUCCCUACUGUCUACCACCCUUACAUCCCAGCCCAGCACGUGCCCGCCGCGGACACACGGUACCUACGCUCAUGGCUGGACUGCGCGCCGCGCGGCUCCGAAUCUGUCCUGGGGCAGGGCCAGACGGGGCAAGUCAAGCUGGAGCCUCAGCUCGGCCAUCUCGGCGUCGAGAUCCCACCCAAAAUCGGCGGUCAGCACCAGCACGAGACCACCACGUACAUUUUGGAGUCGACGUCCACGGCGGCGCGCGAGCUAAGCCACCAUCAGGCCGCCAUCCCGAGAGCAGGGUUUGAAGAAAAUAAGGACAUUUGUGAAGUGAGUGAGGACAAAGACGGCCUGGAUCAAAAUGACCCCUCGGCCAACUGGCUGCAUGCGCGCUCCUCCAGGAAGAAGCGGUGCCCGUACACCAAAUACCAGACGCUCGAGCUAGAGAAGGAAUUCCUGUUCAACAUGUACCUCACACGGGACCGGCGGCAUGAGGUGGCGCGCGCGCUUAACCUGACGGAGCGGCAGGUGAAGAUCUGGUUCCAGAACCGGAGGAUGAAAAUGAAGAAACAGAGCAAGGAUCAACCCAAGGACUAGCGGGAAUCUCACUCGCGGACGCACAUACACAUCCAGACACACACACACACACACACACACACGCACACACACACGCACACACACACACCUGCUAUUUCCAAUUUGUUUUAAUUUUCAGCCACUACCACGUAAGCUUCAGUCCUACACCAAUCUAUACAACUGAUCAAUUGCUGUAUUGAUCUCUAACAGACUCUGAGGACUGCGCCGUGUUCACACUGAAGUCUUAAGAAGCUCGGAAACGCUACGUCUGGUGUUAGAAGGAGGACACUUUUGAACUUUGGAAUCAUUUAAGUUUGCAGUCAUGGAGGAUGAAAAAACUCAGAGACCAACAGCAAUUCUUCCUGGACCUCCUCUCCAUGAAAUGGGUUGGAUUCCAUAUAAAACUGCAGAUUGACCUGUUUGUUUGAUUAACUGAUAGCUCUUGUUUAUCCAACUUUUUCAUAGUUGUAUACGUUAUUAUUUAGGCUUUGAUAUUAGGCUGCAUUAUGAAAGCGAAGAAAGCAACAAAUUGAUAGGUGAUGCUGAAAAACUCUUUUAGUUAUUUAUUGUUUCGCCGCAGACAUCGGAGGCGCGCGGAAGUGCUGAAACCGAGGUUUCACGUGGACCAAUAAACAUGGAGCGGAGUGGGAUGAACACACACACACACAC